CGGAGGCGGGGCUCGGGGCAGGGGCGGGCUCGGGGCGGUUGGUUGGAGCGGCAGCCGAGAGGUCCGGGAAAGUUUCUUUAGAGGUGCUGCCGGGAGCGGCCAUGUCCCACGGCCCCAAGCAGCCCGGCGCGGCCGCCGCGCCAGCGGGCGGCAAGGCUCCGGGACAGCAUGGGGGUUUCGUGGUGGCUGUCAAGCAAGAGCGCGGCGAGGGCCCGCGGGCCGGCGAGAAAGGGUCCCACGAGGAGGAGCCAGUGAAGAAGCGCGGAUGGCCCAAGGGCAAGAAGCGGAAGAAGAUCCUGCCCAACGGUCCCAAGGCACCGGUCACGGGCUACGUGCGCUUUUUGAACGAGCGGCGCGAGCAGAUCCGCACGCGCCACCCGGACCUGCCCUUUCCCGAGAUCACCAAGAUGCUGGGCGCCGAGUGGAGCAAGCUCCAGCCUGCGGAGAAGCAGCGGUACCUGGACGAGGCUGAGCGGGAGAAGCAGCAGUACAUGAAGGAGCUGCGGGCGUACCAGCAGUCGGAAGCCUACAAGAUGUGCACGGAGAAAAUCCAGGAAAAGAAGAUAAAGAAAGAGGACUCGGGCUCCGGGCUGAUGAAUACUCUCUUGAAUGGACACAAGGGUGGGGACUAUGACGGCUUUUCCACCUUUGACGUCCCCAUCUUCACUGAAGAGUUCUUGGACCAAAACAAAGCGCGGGAGGCGGAGCUGCGGCGCCUGCGGAAGAUGAACGUGGCCUUCGAGGAGCAGAACGCGGUGCUGCAGAGACACACGCAGAGCAUGAGCAGCGCGCGCGAGCGCCUGGAGCAGGAGCUGGCGCUGGAGGAGCGGCGGACGCUGGCGCUGCAGCAGCAGCUCCAGGCCGUGCGCCAGGCGCUCACCGCCAGCUUCGCCUCGCUGCCAGUGCCAGGCACGGGCGAGACCCCCACGCUCAGCACCCUGGACUUUUACAUGGCCCGGCUGCACGGCGCCAUCGAGCGCGACCCCGCGCAGCACGAGAAGCUCAUCGUCCGCAUCAAGGAGAUCCUGGCCCAGGUCGCUAGUGAACACCUAUGAGGGUGGCGGCUGCCCCAGAAUCCAGAGAAGACUAAGUUCUAGUGGCGGCCCCUUCCCCACCCCACCUCACAGAGGGUCCGGGGUCCACCUUUUGGGGCCAGACCCGAUCUUGCACCUUGGGGGCUCCAGCCCCCCUAAAAUUAAAUUUCUACAGCAUCCUCCCAGCUUUCACCUUCCAGCACCCUGAACCAGAAAAGUCACCCACCAUGCAUGACGCACAGAGAACCCCACAGCCCUGGCGUCCCACAAGGUGUGCUAGCCUCACAAGGUCACACCACAGGGUGUGGGGACGACACAGGCAGAGAAAACCCACCCCUGGCCUCCCACAUGGUGGCCACCACACGCACCCCACCCUCACAGGCAUACCGCGGGGGGACCUCCCCCCACCUGCACACUCGGGCACUCGGGUGGGGGCCAACACCUGUCAGAUUCCUGCAGCCCAGGACGGGGGGAGUAGUACCGACCACCCCACCGUGGUCCUGCUGAGGGACCCUCAUGGAGGCGGCCCCUUUGCCAUUGCUUGAUCCAGACUUUUUAAAUAAAAUGGAAUUUGAAUUUCAA